CGCCAUGUUGGGGUUUCGGCCUCGGCAGGGGGGAUGGACGGACGGACAGACACACACACACACUCCCCCUCCUCCGGUCCCCGUGUCCCUCGGAAGAGACCCCCGCCCUACUCUCCCAUGUGCCUCGUGGAGAGCCUCCUCUUCCCCUCCUCCGUGAUCCCUGGGAAAGCCCCCUCCUUACCCUUGUGACCCCUGGAUAGAGCCCCCUCCUCUGCCCUCUGUCCCUGGGAGAGCCCCCUCCUCCGAUCCCCUAUGUCCCCCAUGGACAGCCCCGUCCCCUGGUCCUUAUGUCCCCCAGGGAGAGCCCCCUUCUCUGCCCCCUGUCCCUGGGGACAGCCCCCUCCUCUGGUCCCGAAGCCCCCCAGGGAGAGCCCUCUCGCCCGGCCCCUUGCCCUUGGGCAGACCCCCCUCCCCUAGUCCCGAAGACCCCCGGGGGAAGCCUCCUCCUCCACGCCCUGCCUCAGUUUCCCCUCACACAACAGCUCCAUCUCUCCUGUCGCAAUAUUCCGUCCCAGCUGCACCUGGGUUUUCACCCCAGGGUCCCUCAUCCCCCGCACCGUGAAAGCCCUGAGCAGACUCUGCUGUAAUCAGCUCCCGGUGCGAGGGAGGCGAGCGUGCCAGCUCGGCGCGUGGGAAACCGCCCGCCUAAAGGAGGAGCGAUCCGGCAGCCCUGCCGUCACCGCGGCUGCCGCGUGCCGCGCCGUGAGGCUGUGCCGGGAUCCCCGGCAGCCUGCGACCCGGCUGUGGUGAUGAACUCGUUGUAGCGUUAAUGAGCCGGAUGAGGGAUGGACGCUCCGGGAAGUGGAGGGAUGCGCAGCCUGGCUCCGAUGGAGCGAAUCUGGGCGAAUCCCCCCUGGAGCCGUGUCACCUGCGCCUGGGUCAGCGGAGCCUGGAGCAGCCCGGCCCGCCGGCAGCUGAUCCCAGCCCCUCCUCGCCUGCUCUCCCUCCUGAAACGCGGGGCUUUUAUCUCAGAAAUCUCACUGGGAAUCUGCUGGAAGAUGGAUGCGGUGCAAGCCGGCCAGACCGAGCCCGCGGCCCCGCGGCAGCCGGAGGCGCAGGAGCGACCGAACCGGCGGACGGUGGAUCGGCUCAGCCCGGAGCUCCGGACGGAGAAAUACAUCCUGCUGAGCAUGGACGGGAAGCUGCUGGGACCGGAGCUGAGCCGGAUCCGGAGCGAGAUGGCCCUGCCGCUGGAGCGGCCCCAGGACCUCCCCUCCAGCUACCUCCGCCACCAGCGCCGCUCCCUGCCCACCCUCCCGCUGGCUCCGGGACCCCAGACCCCUGCCGAGCUCAGGAGCAGCUCGGACGUCCUCUGUGCCGGCCGCUUCCCGGCAGGACUCAGCCGGUUGGUGACUGGGAUGCAGACCCCGGUCUCGCCGCGACGCCGGGGCAGCCCGUCGGCACCAGAGAGCGACCGCGGGGAUGCGGGGCGGUGAAGGGAGCCCCUGGCAUGCAACGGGUCCCCCGGUCGGACGAUGCCGUUGGGCGAAGGUGUGAAAUAAAGACCC